UUAGAUUCUCUCUGAUGACGGUGGCGGAGUGGUUGGUAUUCACAGACUAUAAAGGUCACUGACACACGUACACGCAGGCACCAUGCCAUGCACUCACACGGUCUGUCUGUCAUCUCACUCACUCACGACAUCCAUGCCAUGCAGCCAAAUAAAGGGGUCUGUCGAUCUGCAGUGUCCUCACAGCCAUGACUGACUGAUUUGAGUCCGCGCCAUCCGUGGGCGCGGGCGCAUGAGAGCUACAGCUAUGCACACGUCGGUCCACCAGGCUGUCUCUGUCUGUUGCUGCUCACGUGGCUGUUGUGAUGCCGUCGACGGUGCUGGCGUAGUGGGCCUCCUGGUUGCACAGCGGACACUUGAGCUGAGCAUCCCGGGCAAUGUUGUCGGGCACUCGCCGCUCCAGUGCCUCCAGGCGGGCUUCUCCUUAUUGGCCGCCUCGUGGGCCGCCGCCAUGUCGCGCCAGCAUCCCUCACACAGGCACUUCUGCACACACACACACACACACACGGACAAUGGUGGUAUGCGACUCGUGUGUGUGUCCACUGACCUGCCGACAUGACAAGAAUACGACUGUCGGCGUCUCCGAGAUGCACAUGACGCAGGUGCCCUCCCCGCCAUCGCCAUCAGCAGCAGCAGCAGCAGCAGCGGCCAUCUCCUCCUUCUCGAGUGCAGUAUGACGCACAGCGGCUUCUCUGGCUAGAUCUCGCAGCUCUUGUUUGGCCCUCUUGAUGUCGCGCUUGAAGGCAUCCACCGCUGCGAUGCUGUUGAGCGACUCCAGACGAGUAGGGGUCAGCCUGACCAUGGGCAGACAGGCAUACGGAGAGAUGCAUUCUGGCCCGUCUGUGUGUGUUGGUGGGCCUUUGUUUACCGUUUCUUUGCCUCGUGCUGCAGUGUGUGGUGCUCUUGCUCGAGCGGCUGUAGUGAGGCCUCUAUCUCGCUGUGCUCGUCCGUCAUCCGAGAGAUCUCACCCUCCAACCUGACAGACAGACAGACAGACAGAUCAAGGGCGAUGGGUUCCUUCUGGCUACCAUCGGGACCGUCCUCUCUUACUGGUCUAUAUCGUAUUGGAUGUGCUGUAUGGCCUCGAGCAGCUGACCCUCAGUCGACGACUCGUCCAACAACACCCGCAUCGCUCCACACACAGGCACCCCACACCUGAUUGAUGCACACACAAGGGAGCGACACAGAGAUGCAACGAAGAUCGAUGGCGCGCCUUCCUCACCGUCCCACCCACCCUUCAGCAGCGGAUGUGGGCGUGGAGGCAGACGCUGCAGCUGCGGCUGCGGCUGAGGCGCUCUGCUGCUCGGCUGCGGGGGCCUUUGUGGGUUUGGAUGCGCCGCUCUGCAGCCGGAGGGCAUGCUGUGCGUCGACGGCCGUCUCCAUGAGCUCGUCGAGCCGCUCCUCUUCGCGGCUGAUCUUUGCCUCAAACUCAUGCACUUCGGCAGCCGUGGCGAGGGACACCAACACAUCGUGGCUCAGGCUGCAUCAACAGCACACGGAGUGGAGCCGCUGGGAAGCCCUCUCCUUGUGUGGAUCGCUCACUUGGGAGUGACGUAUUUGAGUCGUCGUAUGUUUGUCUUGAGCUCCUUGACGCGAUGGGCAUCCCCCCGACGGGCAGCCAAGAGAUCACUGUACUGAUCCUCCAGACUGCACACACACGGAACAAAACACAUUGGUAUGACACACAUGGCCAUGUUGUUGUGUUGUCUGACCUCUCCUUCUUGUCGAUGGCUUCGUUCAGGUCAGCCCGCAACUGAGCCGUCACAUUAGCCGGGCAGAACCUGCGCACACACAGUCACAUUGACAGUCGCUUGGGGCUAUGUUUCCUCACUGGUCUGCUGCGGUCGAUGUCUGUGCGGAGGAGGGCCGGUCGGCGGGCGUCGUGCUGACCGUCGAUGACGCCAGCGGGUCGACAAAUGAGGACCUGACGGAUGGAUGACACACACACGCACACACAACAGAGCGAGUCACUCGGUGUGUGGUGGGUCCCUCCGAGCGCCUUACGAUGAGCUGGACGGCCGCUGGGCAGCAAACAAAUGGCUGGCCGGCGCGCCAUGGGCAGGGGAGAGAGGGGCAGGAGCGAAUGGCGAAGGGCCGACACCAGCUGGAGGCUCCUGGCUGAGGACAUUUCGCUGCUGCUGGUGGUCACUCGGGGCGUCAGAGAAGGCCGGCUCGACACUGUGCGCCACACACACAAGAAGGGCAACAGAUGGGGGCUACUGGGUAAAAGUGUCGGUGGCGCUGUCUGCACCUGUCGCUGUGUGUGUCUGGCGGGCAGCUCGGCGCAGCAGCUUUCUCCGUCAAAUCAUCUACUUCUUCAGUCUCGUGCUGUGUGUCGUCGGCCUCCUCCCUCUCGCCAUCUGCCGCUGACUCGGCCUGCUCAGCCGCCAAACGCUGAAGGCAAUGACACACACAUGCAGUAUCCAUGUGUGCAGCGGUGCAGGGGAAGGGCACCUUGAGACGCUUCUGCUCGCGCUUUCUGGCCGCCCUCUCCUCCUUCUUGCGGGCCAUCUCCUCCUCUCGCAGCAGAUCGGCAGCCGCAGCCUUCUGACGGGCCACCAGAUGAGCCAUCAGCACGUCCACACACGACUGAACACACCAAACAAACAAAGCGGCUGACGUGGUGUGCCUUCAUCGUGUCUGCUGACCGUCCGGCCCAAUUGGCGGGCGACAUCGAGGGGUGUUUCGUUCUUGUUGACGGCCUCAGCGUCGACGCCCCUCUCCAGCAGCCACUUGAUCACCUCGGACCACCCAUUACCAGCCGCCAAAUGCAGCAGAGACCAGCCCUCGUUGGUACGGCAGUGCAGACUCAGCACGGGCCUCUUGCGACGCCCUCCCUUGCCCUCGGUCGGUGUACUGCGCGUCCGGCCGUGGCGUUCGAGCACCUCCAGGGUGGCCACUGCACGCGACUGCCGGGCCUUCUCCUUCUGCUCCGCCUCCUUCGUCGCUGUGCCGCCGGCCGCCUGCUGUCCCCCAUCUUCUGCAAGGCCAACGUUUCCGGCCCCUUUGCCCUUGCUGGCGGCCUUCUUGCGGCUCUUGCUGCCCACCAUGGGCUCGGGAGGGGGCACGGGAGCUGUCGCAACACACAAGAGCGUCAGCGCGCGUCAGUCUGGCUCAAUCGACCAGUCACUCACCGUCGCUAUCUUGGUUGCGACGGCAGGCGAGCUGAAGAAGAUUCAUGCCGUCGAGGAAGUCCCCCUCAGAGAGGACUGACGGGUCGGCAUGCGGCUGCUGCAGAAGGUAGUCGAGGACCUCAUGCUGGUGAUAAUAAGCAGCAGCACCUGAAGACACCAAGUCAGACUUGUGUCCAUCCGGCAUUUCUCUCCUGUCCUGUCCUGUCCUGUCCUCUCGACACUCACCGACAGCCGAUGACUUCAUAACUUUUCUGUCUUCACAGUCCACAGCCGCCGGACCGAUUUCGUUGACGUCGGCAUUAUACUCGACCAGAGACUGCAGACAGACAGACAGACAGACAGACAGGCCCAUGAGAGGCGGCUAAGUGAUCUCAUGCGGUCUCUCUACUGGCGUACCUUGACGAUCCGCGGCGGACAGGGAGCAUCAGACGCGACUGCCUCGAUCAGCAAAGGCGUCCGCAAAUAAUCUGAUGCCAUCCAGACGUAAACAGACAUAUCACCCUCCCAGCCCGCUUUGAUUCUCCACUUACCGUCCCGCCGAAUGCUCUCGCCCUCGAAUGGCUCGAUGCUGGCAGGCGAGAGGUCUCGCCACCUGAUAACCUCCCCGUCCCUCGCCCGCACCUGUCCCACCGACAGACCCUCGUCGCCGCCCUCCUCCGUCGGCUUGAUGAAGUUCUCCCGCAGCAGCGUGUCGAGUGACCCAGCCGAGCCGUACAGGGCACAUGACUGAAGGGCCUGCUUCAGCACGAAGCCGUUUCUGUAGGAGACCAUGGGAGUGGGCAGCGACGACAGCAGCGAGCGGUCCUCCUUGAGAUCGACGGGCCUGCGUGGCCCCUCUGGCGUCAACAGGUCGUGUCUGCACGCCUCCCGGAUCGCUCUCGCCGUGGCCUUCAUCUGCACCACUCCCCUGGCCGCCUUCUCACGCAGCUCCUGCCUCUUCCUGUGGUGUGCCGCGGCCGCUGCUGGUGCCUCGACACUGCCGCCCUCCUCCAUCAGACCAGCUGCAGCUGCCUGCAUCCAUCCAUCCACACAAACGGUGUGGUCUGUGUGUAUGCGUGCCCCUGCCAUAUGUGUGUGGGGCGGUGCUUCGCUUGCCGUGGGGAUGGAAGAUGAUCCCGUACUGGCUCCUGCAGCAGUGUUGGUGGCCGUCUGCCCCGAACGGGCCGCGAAAUGCUUCAGCAGCACAGCCUCGCACUCCUGUGAAACACGACAGGGCGGACUCACUCACUGUCACGGCUCAUUGGACGCCAUUCCUUGACAGCUGACCUUCCGGCCGAAUCGACGGGCGGAGUCGAGAGGCGUUUCGUUGAACUGAUUGACAGCCCCAGGGUCCGCCCCAUUCUCGAGCAGCCACUCGACCAGGCUGCACCAGCCGUUGCCGGUGGCCAUGUGCAGGGGCGUGUUGUCAUAUUCGUCCCUGCCGUUGAUGUCGAAGAUGCCGCUGUCUUUCCCGCCGUACUUGACCAGUCCCUCCGCAUCGAGCACCUCGAUCGUGGCUAGGGCCUGCCGCUGUUGCGCUUCCGACGGCUGCGCACCCUCGAGGGACGGCGGGCCAAUGCACCCCAGCUGAAGCAAGCAAGUCAAGAGAAAGGUGGAUGGGGGGGCCUGGCAAAGACAGAGGAGGCACGAACAGGGAUGGAGGUCAUUCGUUCAGAGGUGUGGGCUGUGGUACCUACCGUGUCCGUGCUCAAACGUCGCGAUUGACGGGACUGCGGGGUCGGCUCUUGCCUCACAAAGGAGGAAACCGAGGAGAUCCGGAUGGUGCCACAAUGCUGCCGCGCCUACACAUACACGGAAAGCGGACAUGCAUGAGACAGGGACAAUGCGAUGAGGCUGUGUCUCAGCAAUAUCUUCCUUGCCGCUUACCGACGGCGGAUGUGUUGUAGCUGAGCUUGCCGUAAGUCACCUUUCUCUGGCCGCCAUAGCCUCGUGCAUUCACAUCGGCGUUGUACGCCAGCAGCGUCUGCAUAACACAGACACAUGGAGGCUUCCAUUGCACGCAGCCAGCACGACAGGCUCAGGACGUACCCGCAUGAUCUGGAUGGGCGCGUUGGCCACGGCUGCCUGCACGACCAGGGGGGACGGCACAUAAUCUGGACACACAGACAAGAUCAGAACCAACGUGCACUAAGUGCCGAACCGUCCAUAUCUCUCUCUGUCUGCCUGCCUGUCUGUCUGUCUGUCUGUCUGCGGACCUUCAGUGGCUAGAGUGAGAGGUUCGUCACUGUACAUGCACGAUGGAUAGAGAGCAUCCAGGGUCAGGUCGUCCCACUUGAGCACCUUCCCGCCCCUCUUGGCCCACACCUCACCCACAGCCAGCCUCCCCUUGUCCUUCUCGGUCGGCUUGACGAGCGUCUCCCUCAGCAGCGCCUCGAGCGAACCGGCCGCACCGUGGACCACACACGCCUGCAGGGCGUGGCGGAAGAGCACACCGUCCAUGACGAAGGGGUCGGGAAAGCCCGGAUUUGGCAGCGAUGAGAGCAGGGAUUGGUCCUCCUUGAGAUGCACGGCCUUGCGCUGAUCUUCUGGCACCAGCUGAUCGUGGGCGUACAUCUCCCGCAUCGCCCGCACCAUGGCCUUCAUCUUCUGGCUGUUCGGGUCCAUCCGCUUGAGAGUCUCAUCCUGCCAGCGCGCGAUAAGCUCGUCCAGCUCCCCCACCAGCCCCGGGAACAGCUCCUCCACCACCACCUUCUUGGGCCGUGAGUGCCGCUCGUCGGCAUCACCCCCGUCCUCACCGCCCGACCCAUCGUCGUUGUGCAUCCGUCCCCGAGCUGUCCCCUUGGUGUCCGCCGACCGAGUGGGCCCGCCGGGCGUGCCGAUGGCGCUGCGGAGAUUGGCCAGGGAGAGGAAGGGCGACGAGCUGCCGGCGGGGGAAGAUGCCUUGCCCUGCUUCUGGGGGAAAUCUCUGUCGUGCUUGGGCAAGUGGACGGACGGCUCUUGGCCGUUCUGCUCGUGUGAGUCGCUGAGGUUGUCGUCUGCCAGCUUUGAGAAGUAGGAGCUCUGCUCGAGCUGCCCCUCGAUGGAGUGCAGGCUGGUGUUCUCCUCCAGCACAGCCAGCCGCUUUCGCAUCGCCGUCGUCACAUCCGUGGCCGGGGAAGGCACACCAGGCGUGUCGUCCGGCAGCUCCUCACCUUCCCCCUCGGCCAGCCCGCCCCUCUGCCGGACCAUCUUGCCCAUCUGCUGCCUCUCCGCCUUGUCCAGCCCUGCUGCGUCCUUGCUGCCCACCAGUGAGCUGGGGCCGUCGCUGUCAGGACCGCGGUCUCCCUCGAGCAGACCAGGACACCAGGCGACCGAUGGCCGAGCCGUCGCCGACAAGCACCUGCCCUUGGACGGCUCGUCCUGCAGCUUGGAGGUGAGGAUUCCUCUGCUGAACUCAGGGGCGCCCUGCUGGUGCCGAGGGGGAGUGGUGGACAGUGAGAGCCGAUUGGUCGGUUGGUCGUCACUUGCCGACGCUGGUGUUGGUGGAGGGGCUUGGGUGGGAAGAGGGGGCCCGGAUGCCCACUUGCAGGCCUCCUCGAGCUCUGAGUCGCUCAU